AAGACAUGAAUGGUCAAGGUGAUGUACCUAAAGAAAGCCAAGCUUGAAUUCAUGUUUGGGGUGGUGUCAUUGUGGCAGCAAUGUUCUUGCUGGCCGUGGCUUCAGACUGGGUACAGCUGCCUAUGGUCGAGCCUGGUGGAAAGCUGAAAUUUAAGCCAAGACCACAAGGCAAUGAAGAGGACUACCAGAGUCAAUCUCCUGAAGCCAAAUGGAGAACAGAGGAAACUCAAAUGAAAGCUGAGACAAUGCACUCCAUAACUAAAUUUGCCUCAGAAAGGACAUCAGAUACUGUUAUUGAUCAGUUUUCAGUGAAUACUGAAAAUGAGGACUCAGGAACACAGAUACAUAAUACAGAGCUUAACUUAAACCAUGAUGACCUUGUAAUUCAGCAGUCAAUACCAGACUCUCACUAUUCCAAACAUGAUUCACAUGACUCAACAGAAAAUAAUAAUAGAUCACAGAUGUCAGAAGAGACAUUUGAAUCUAUUUUAGAAAGAGAGGCAAGUGAUAUUAAUACACCACACUUUAAGGUGUAUUUAGAAACUUCAAAUUUGAAUUCAUCCAACUUCCAAACUUCAAACCUGAAUACACCUAACUUUCAACCAGGACUUGAUCUGGAGGUUACAACCAUGCACGUAGAUGCCAAACUCCCAAAUCCGGGGAUACAUGAUUACCCUCCUGAUAAAGAUUCUACUUCCAAAUUAUCAGACUCAUUCUAUGAAACUAACUCAACUCCGUAUCCAACAAUAAAACAAAAUAAUGAGAAUCCUGAAGGACUUAUGACUAUCACGAAAUCAAAUAUUUCAAGCAUAGAUGAUGAAUCAGGAACAUCAUGGAUAUAUAGAACAGGUAACAGCAAUAAUGAAACAGAAGAGAAUACAAUGCAAGAUGCCAGUUUGCCACUUGAUAUGUUGAAAACUGUGCAUGAAAUGCUGAUACAAGAAACACCACACACCAUUAGAGGGAAAAUGCACUUCCUCCAACAGCUGAAGGAUAAAAUGCUCCAUUGUAUGGAAGGACGCAUAAAAGGCCUGUGGAUGACUGAUGAUGAAAGGCAAGCCCGCACAGAGAAAGGAAUGGGUUUUCCAUCCAUGGAAGGGGCGCUAAUGUCAAUCUCAUUCCUCAUUUUUGCAGUGUUCCUUAUCAAGCUAGUUCAGCAGCUGAUCCAGAGCCUGCAAGGGAAUAACAUGGCCAUGAUGUCUGGAAGGCACAGCCGUUCACUACCAGACAUACUGACAACAGCCAGGGUGCUAAAGCUCAUUGA